AUGACAAGUCCUGGAAGAGCGAGAAGGAGAGGAAGAGAGGGGAGGAGGAGGAGGAAGAGAGGAGAAGAGGAGGAGGAGAGAGACAGAGGGCAAGAGAAGGAAAGCGGAUAUGGCGAGGAAGGAGCGAAUUUCUACCCUUCGGCCCACGGCCUCUUAGAUGGGUUCGAGGAUCCUGUCGACUCUGCCAAAGACAUUGAAGCCUCCAUCGAAAGAAACUAUGCCAGGGAUAUUGCUAGUUUGAGCACACCCCGAAGCUAG